GUAUUCAUAGUCGCUUCUUAUAUUUAAGAUCGUCUUAAGUUCGAUCUUAAGAUGCCCUCUAGAUUCACAGACAGUGAAUAAGACAGAACUCAAGAGAAAGUUCAAGCUGUGACUUAUGAAAGUCUAUCUUAUUUGAAGGCAAUCUUAAGACGUUUCAACGGGAUUCAUGAACAUAUCUUAUUUCACAUAAGCAUCAUCUUAAGAUUAUCUUAUUACUGUCAAAUUCAUAAUCAUUUAAGAUGAUCCUAAGCAUUUCUCUAGCAAGACAAAAUCGGUUAAAAUCCAAGUCGAGUUAAAAGUAGACUUAAGAUAUUCUUAUAUAUUUACCAGUAAAGUGUAACAGCUUUUUAAGUGAUACAAAUCGUUAUUUUUAUCUUUGAUGUGACAAAUUCGAUAUUUUGUUUAAAAUGGAAAUAGAGAACAUAAGAAAUAUUAAUUUAGAUGAAAUGGAUGAAAUCGAUUUUGACGACGAUGGAGGUUAUGUACUACGAGCUCCGAAAAGAUACAUAAGAGACUGGAUGAAUCCGUUUGAAUAUUAUUACAACCGAGAAUUUAAAAGGCGGUUUAGGUUUAAUAAAGAGUCUAUUCUAUAUGGAAUUCUACCUAAGAUAGAAAAUGAACUAAUACGUGAUAAUAACCGUGGCCUUCCUAUUCCUCCACUGUGUCAAUUGUUAAUUUGUCUACGAUUCUAUGCAACAGGCAGUUUUCAACAAGUACUUGGAGAUACGAUAAUCGUCUCACAGCCAACUGUUUCAAGAAUAGUUUUUCGAGUAUCUCUACUUUUAGCAAGACUCUUAAAUGAAAUUAUAAAGAUGCCUUCUUCACCAGAUGCCAUACAAGAAAAUAAAAGACUUUUUAAAGAUAUUGGACGUGGUAAUAGAGGUAUUGGUUUGCCUGGUAUCGAAGGAGCAAUUGAUUGUACGCAUAUACGCUUAGUCGGUACUAAUUUUCAUAACGUUGAGGAAAUUUACAGAAACCGAAAGGGAUAUUUUUCUUUAAAUGUACAGGCUGUCGUAGGCCCUAGAACAGAAUUUCUGGAUAUUGUACCAGAAUGGCCAGGUGGACAGCAUGACAGUCGAAUUUUUCAAAACUCUAGGAUAUACAUGAGAUAUGUUGAACGGCAACUUACAGGUACUCUAAUAGGAGAUGCUGGGUAUCCUUGUCUACCAUUUCUUUUAACUCCAAUUCAAAAUCCACGAACAGAGGAGGAAAACGCUUACAACGUACUUCAUAGAAGAACACGUCAGGUUGUCGAAAGAACGUUUGGAGUUUGGAAGCGUAGAUUUCCAUGCCUAUCGAGAGGGUUAAGCAACAAGUUGAUUUGUUCAACUACAAUUGUAGUCGCUUGUGCCGUACUACAUAAUUUGGCAUUAACCUUUAGUGACAUUUUAGAAGAGGAAGAACAAGAAGAACAAUAUAAUGAAAUCGAUAUGCCAAAUAAUGAACCACAUUGGCAACCGGGUGAAGGUUUUGCGAUAAGAGCAGCACUUAUUGAAAGACUGUUCAGAUAAAUUAUAUAAAAUAUUUCAAUAAGAAUUGUAUAUACAGAAAAGUUGUAUUUUAUAUAGAUAAUAUG